AUGUCCGAGGUAGCAGCUCGGUCCUCCGCUUCGCGCGGCAGAGGCUCAGGCCGUGGCGGUAGAGGAGGCUUCGCUGGCCGUGGAGGCCGGAGGGCGAAUGGUGACAAGACCGAGACGAGUGCCGACACUUCGAGCUCAGCCUUCGAGGACGAAGGCGAAAUUGGCGAGCUCCGCAGGCUCCAUGGCAGCAAGACGGAAGUCAUUCGCGAGAUGUUCCCGGAUUGGUCAGAGGUGGACGUGCUGUUUGCACUCCAAGAGACCAAUGGCGACGAGAAUGAGGCCGUGACCCGCAUCGCUGAGGGUACCGUGUCUCAAUGGGGCGAAGUCUCCAAGGCCAAGAAGCCUUCGAAGCCCAAGGCCAAGGAUACGCCCGCGUCGACUGCUAACAAUGACUCCUCAGCUGCGUCCGGCUCGCGUCCCAGCCGCGGAGGCCGCGUCGCCUCGGAAGGUGGUCGUGGUAGGGGCAGGGCUACUGACCGCGGUGGCCGCGGCUCACGUGGGCGUGCCACCACCGCAGCCCCAAGCGCAGCUCGCAAGGAGAAUGUGCCGCUAUCUGUCCCGACUGAGGAGGCCACCGCAUGGGGAAAAGACACUUCUGCGCCCGCAACACAGGUCGCUGAAGAUAAUUCCGCGCCUCAGGCUGCCACCGUCACCGAGACACCGCAGUCGUCUGCUCCUCAGGCCAAAACGUGGGCGAGCAUGUUGCGACCGAAGCCCGCACCCAAGGCGGCUCCCAAGCCCCAGGAGCCUGCGGCCCCUGUUGCGACCGAACCAGUGGCUCCCGAAACUGCCACCCAAUCGACACCUGCCGAGAGCGAGCCGCAGCCUGCCGACGCUGAUCAAGAAGCUACACCGAUUCCGGAGCCAGCCGUCCCUGCCCUUACGGAACCAGAAACCACCUCGACGCCCGCCAUCACCCCCACACACGAUGAGCUCACCGAAACAAACCUUGAGCACGUUGCAGAUGUAUCUCACCCACCAGCCACCCACACUGCCGCAAGCACCACUGCUGAUUCUUGGGAUCCCCGACAGACUAGCAAUGCCACGCCCCUCUCGGCUGCCCAGCAGCAGCACCAAGCGAACCGCGACACCUCCAGCGGCUUCGCCGCUUCGGCGAUCAAGGCGACAGAGCAGCGUACGGCUAGGACGCCCGCUUUCCAGAGGCGUGUGCUUGAUCAGGAGGAGGCCGUUCGCAUGCCCGGUGGCAACCGCGACGUCGACCGUGCGGCUGUUCAGUUCGGCGCCUUCAGCCUAGGCGACGACGAAGAUGCAGCUGGUGGCCGCGAAGAGGCUGAGACUCGCGCGCAGCCCCCAGCUGAAUCUCCUGUAUCUCACCCCCGUACUGCUCUCCCUCCCUCGACCCUACCUGGCGCUUCCCAGGACAUCAACCAGCAGAAGGCUGGUAUUUCAGGUUCUCAAGGCUUUGGCGCAGCCACCUCCGCUGCCCCUGGUGCUCCUGGGCAACCCGCCAUUGGCAUGCCGAGCCAACAGUAUGGCCGCUUCGGCCAGGAGGGUUCGCAAAAGCCCAACGACCCCUUCGCUCAGCAGGCCCAGCCGAGCAGCCAGCCUCCCUACGAUUCGUUCCCCGGGCAGACGAGCCAAGCGCCCUCUCAGCCACAGCAACAGCCGGGCGGUGCCUUCAGCUCUGCACCCAACGACUACUCUUCCUACUACACAUCUAAUGAUCGCCACCCGUACAACAACAAUUACUACGGCCACCCGUUCGCCCACCAGCAGCAGGGCGGACAAGGCCAGCAGGACAGCGCUCCUGGCCAGCAGCGCCCCUACGGCAGCUACGGCGCGUCUCAGCAAGGCGACAAUCUGAGCCAGUACCCCCAGAGCGGUGUUGGACUCCAGAACCAGCCUCGUUUCGGCGCCGGCAGCAACGACGCCCAGAAUAGCGGCCACUCGACCCCCAACCCCACAACUCAGGCUGCCCAGCAGCACGGAAGCGCGGCUCCUGGAUCUCAGCCCCCCUCGCACGCGCAGCAACAAUACGGAUACGGCAACCACCCUUACUACAACAACCCGUACUACCAGCAGUACUAUUCUGGAUAUGGCGGCCAGGGUGGCUUUGGCCCCUACGGCGGCGCUAGCAAGAAUGCCAUGUAUGGUCAGCCUUACGGCAUGUCUCCGAACGCGCCCUUUGACCACGCAAACUCCCCGGCCUCGUUCGCGCAGUCGUCGCUGCAUAGGGAUAGUGGAGCCGGUUCUGGCAUCGGUGAUUACGGCCGCUCUGGCUCGAGCCAAGCUGGAGGUGCUCCAGGCCUUGGAGGCGCCGGCAGCACCUUUGGCAGUGUUCACGACUCGUUCUCUCGCGGUGCCUCGUCCUUCCAGUCGCAAGCGCCCGGCUUCGGCGGUCAGGCCCAGCAAGGCGGUGCUGCCCCUGGCGAUGACUUGAAGUUCGGUGAGGCCAAGAGCGGUGCCAACCCGUCGCCUUCGAUCGGCGGCGCUCGCCCUGGAUCCGCGGCCGCCAGCAACGCCGCUGCUUCUGGCCAGAGCGGUCUGCCCCCUCCCCAGUCUUCGCAGAUGGGCGGUGGCGCUUACGCUGGGUACCCUAGCCAUCUCCAGGGCCAUGGUGGUGUUCACGGUAGCCACGCUUAUGGGAUGGGCGGUGCGGGCGGUGCUAAUCAGCACGCCAACAGCCCCUACGGCUCUUACGGCCAGGGCGGCUUUGGCAGCGGUGGCUACUACGGUGGCAACCAGCAGCAACAGCGCGGCGGCUGGGGUGGUAACUACCACUAA